AUGGAUCAAAAGGUGACUAUAGGGGAUUUGCAGCUAGAAUCUGGGGAUGGAAGAUAUCCCAAUCAAUACCCUAACAAGUUUCAAUGUCACAGCAUCAAUUGUGUGCUUCUUAAUGUCAACUCCAAAAGUUUCACCCGACCAUUAGCCCAGCUAUACUUCACAGAUUUCCAACAUAACUCAUUGAUUAGCCCUCAAGGGUCUAGUGAUUUUGAAUUCAGCUUGGGGAAUGAGAUACUUGUCCACCAUCAGGUUCUUGCUGGACAAAUGCAGUUUCGAAAAUAUAAGGCGUUAUGUGCCGAUCAACUACGAUAUUUCAUGAGCUUUGGUACCAAAGAAUAUGAUUCCACCCGCGAUGUGGAGAGAGAUCCAAGUCAUGAAGGAACGUUGAAACGGCUAUCACAAGACCGGGAUAAUUUCUUCAACUACCAAAGCAUGGCGUAUAACUACCAUUUCGGGUUGUUUUGUAACAUUGUAAUUAGCAAUUUGAAAUCGUACCAAGGGGUCUUGGAGUGUGAUAUCGAAUCAUUAACGGUAAUUGGAGACAGAUGUUAUGGCUGGACCCCUACCACCGAACAGCAACUAGUGAAUAAAUAUGGAUCGUCAAUAAUCGAAGUGAUGAGAUAUUAUUUGGCAUUGGCUGGAAAGAAAUAUUUAAAAGAAAAUCAACGAUACUUGAAGAAAGCAGUACCCACAACAUUAUUACCAUCAUGGCUACAGCCUCCCGUUAGUAUUGCAGAAGAGUCGCAUAGUAUGAUGGAUAUAGAACUCGAUAAGGUUUACAAUUCUGGUGGAAAUAAUACUGCCAAUGGAACUACAAUAAAACCGUUAAAGAAAGAUACUUUGCGGAAAUUGGAUGAGUUAGAAAAAGAUGAUUGUGGCAGCGAUAAUGAAAGUGAUAUCCUAGAAAUCAGCGAGGAUGAAAUAAAUAGGUCUUUGGUGACGGGAAGCCAAGAGUUCCAAGAUUUUGCGACCAUUGCUCCAGGGGAUAUUCAACAGAUCAAGAAUGAUCCUGAUUCACUUGAAGAAAACAAGGAGUAUAUUAUUAGAGGCAAAAUUGUGGAUUUUAAUCAUGACAGCGAGGUGAUUGCUUAUAAAGAUAGUAUUACGGAUAUUCCAAAAUUGAAAACCGUGAAGAUUCUAAUUACUGAUGCGUUCAACGGUGACGAAUGUGAUAAAGAAGAUCUUGUCCAAUUUGAGAUCUGCGAUUCUAAUACUCUUGAACUCGAACUCGAUGCGAUAGAGGAUAUUUUGGAGUUUUUUGAAGUUACAGAGAUCGAAGAACUUUACGUGAAGCAAAGCGAGUUGGUGAAGAAAGUGGAUUCACUUAUCGAGCGGAGUUUUAGUGCGGCACAUUUACAUCAAAAAAUUGAGUUUAAAGUGUAUAAAAAGCCACAUAAAUCGUUGGGUUAUUCAUGGGGAGUUCGUGGUCUCAAAAUGGGCCUAUUGGGAUGA